UGAGCGAAUGAAUAAAACACUGAAUAAACAAUUUGUUUCAGAAGUCACCAUCAAGAAUGAAGUUGGUGUUGAUCGGAGCGGUUGUGGUAUUGAGUGUGGCCAUGAUGGUCUCCGGCAAUUAUUACAAGAUGCCAAUGUCCUAUGGUUACGGUAUGGGUGGUGGUGGCAGCAGUUUUGGCGGUAUCGGUGGAUUCGGAGGCUCGGGCGGAUCAGGAUCAGGAUCUUUUGGCGGUCUUUUUGAAAUGAUAAUCUUUUUAUUCAUAUUCAUCUUCUUUAUACAAAUCCUGUUUGGUUCAGGAGGACUUGGGGGUAUUGGGGGCGGCGGCAUAGGCGGUGGUGGUGGAGGGAGAUAUAAAGGCGGCGGCGGCGGCGCUUAUUAAAUGAACUAUGCGUAAAGCAGUAAAUACCAUGGUUUAGGAUAUACGAAGAAAAUUCGACUAUCGAGACUGCCACAACAAAGAGAUGACGAGUAGUUGUUUUAAUGUUGUUCUUUCUAUUUAUUAAAUCUGUUGCAUCU